UAAAAGCCCUCCUCUGCUGUCAAAGGGAGAUGUUAAAGCGGUGGCUGGUCGGGAAUCAAACCUGCCAUGUACUGGAUUAUCGGCGCAACUAGUCCCUAGAAAUAAGCUCGUUUGUUGAAUGGAGGAGCCCGGAGCACACUGACAGCGGCUGUGUUGAAAGCUCAUUAAGAUUCCGGCUUGAAUAAAUGCUAGCCAGUGUAGCUAACGCCGGGAGCUAGCUAUAGACAGCUAGCUUUAGCAUGCUAGUAGAAGACUGCAGUCGUGGGUGAAAAGAGGAGAAGAAAUCUCUGAAAUGAUUCAAGCUACUACAAAGUACCGACCAGCUUAACCGGCUUUUACAGCAGUUCUGUGUUGCAAUGAGGAACACCAGAGUCCAGCUCUGAGGGCUCAGAGGCAUGAACACCGUUUCCCCCAGCGCAGCACAGUACGUAGGGGGAGUGAUGCAGGAAGAGCUGGUGGAGAGCCGGAGGCAGCCGCCCCUGGAGCGGCAGGGCAGCUUUGGUCUCAGGUCACCACAGACACCAGAUCCCAGCAGAGAGGCAACCGGAGAGCCUGAUGAGAUGGACAAACUGAAAGCCAAACUGAUGUCAGCAUGGAACAACGUCAAAUAUGGUUGGACUGUUAAGUCUAAAACCUCCUUCAAUAAGAUAUCGCCAGUCACUGUCCUGGGACACUCCUAUCUGCUCAACAGUGAAGACGAGGUGGAGCGGUUUCGUCUGGCUUUCGUGUCCAGGAUUUGGCUGACCUACAGGAGGGAGUUCCCUCAGCUGGAGGGCUCCACCUGGACCACAGACUGCGGCUGGGGCUGCAUGCUGCGCAGUGGGCAGAUGCUGCUGGCACAGGGGCUUCUGGUCCAUUUGAUGCCCAGAGAUUGGGCGUGGCCAGAUGUUCAGCAGCUAACCGAUGUGGACUUUGAGGUGUUCAGACCACGUUCCCCAGCCCGGGCUGGAGGGGUCCCAAUCCCAUCCUUUGCCACGCCGCGAGGAACCAACACCCCUGAAAAGUCCCUGCCAAGUGAUCAGGUGCCCAAAUGCAGCCAGAAAAAGAGACCCGAGUCUGUGAGGGACAGGCAGGCAGAGCCCAUCCACCACAGGCUGGUCACCUGGUUCGGGGAUCAGCCCCCAGCACCUUUUGGGAUUCACCAGCUGGUGGAAAUCAGCAAAAGUUCAGGGAAGAAGGCUGGUGACUGGUAUGGCCCCUCUAUAGUGGCACACAUACUACGGAAAGCGGUAGCCAAAACAUCUGUGGUCCACAACCUGGUUGUAUAUGUGGCUCAGGAUUGUACAGUGUACAAAGAGGAUGUGGUGCGUCUAUGUGACCUGUCACUAAGCCAGACUCCCCCUGAUCCGUCCAACCAAGCCUGGAAGUCUGUCAUCAUACUGGUGCCUGUACGGCUGGGAGGGGAGGCCCUCAACCCGUCCUACAUUGAAUGUGUCAAGAACAUCCUAAAGCUGGAUUGUUGUAUCGGAAUCAUCGGAGGCAAACCGAAGCAUUCACUUUACUUCAUUGGCUUCCAAGACGAGCAGCUGCUGUAUCUGGACCCUCACUACUGCCAGCCUGUGGUGGAUGUAUCACAAGUCAACUUCGCACUGGAGUCGUUCCACUGUAGCUCUCCCAAAAAGAUGCCCUUCAGCCGCAUGGAUCCCAGCUGCACCAUCGGCUUUUAUGCCAAGAACAAAAAGGACUUUGAGUCUCUAUGUUCUGCUGUCAGUGAGGCCCUGUCAUCUUCAAAGGAGAAGUACCCCAUCUUUACCUUCGUAGAAGGCCAGAGUCAGGAUUAUGGACUUGAGGGUCACAGCAGCAAUAACAGUGGACCUGCUGCCCACAUUCUGCCCCCGGGCAAACUGGGCAGGAGCAACAACAGAAGAAACAGUGAUGAGUUUGUCUUCUUGUAAGGAGGAUGCUUUCUCAUCUGUCACCUGUAGGGGGCACGAGAGGACACCUCAUUUCCUUUCAAAGGGAAGGACUCGAUUCUGUUGAUGGUGCAGCUGCAAGGUGGACAUGACGCUUCUGUGCUUUAUCGCCUUCACUGAUCAACGGAAAUAAAAACUCUGUGGCUUCUGUCUUCACCUUUGUGUGGAUGGGUAUUAUAAGCUAACAGGCAUUAAUGGGUUGCGGCCGGAGCAUUGUUUUACAAAGGCUAAAUGGAUCAUGGUUAGAAAUGUUUUAAGUACUUGAAGUGUUCUUGAUACACUUUUUCAGACACCUAAGAAGCCUCAAAGUUGAGAAUGUGUGAGUAAAAUCAAGCGCUUUAGAGUACUCCAGUUACACUCAACUACUGUGUUUUUGUCCUGCUAUGAACUGGACACGCUGAAGGUGACGUGUGGUCUACAUGAUGAUAUUUAAUUGAUUCACAGGUCAGGUGGGGAGGGGGUUGCCUGAUAUUGUUCUUGACUUGUAUUAUAUACCGUCUGCUGUACAUCUCCUUUUUAUUUUUCAUUCCUUCCUAUUUAUCUAUCAGGUUUAGGUGUGGUUGCGUGCGAGUGUGUGUAUGUGUGC